AAAGGUGCACACAAGCGGGAUCUGAACAAUCUGUACCAAGUGAUCUAUUACGGUGACUCGCAGGUCGAGGUCGGCAAACCGUUUUCGAUCUCGUGCAUCAUCAGCAUCGCCAAUCCGGUCGAGUGGCACAAGGACGGUGAACCGAUCCGGAAGCACAGCAACAUUCGCCACGGCAAGGAUGAGCACAGUUACAUCGAAAGUGAGAUGGGCAUCGCAGGAAAUCGAGACAAAAUUGAAGCAUCGAUCAGCGUACAACGAGCACUGCCAAAGCAUCAGGGCAAGUACCAGUGUAACGCACUCUACAAAAACUACCACCAACUGUACGUCUACCGGAAUGGCACGCUACUCAGCCAUUCCGGUGCUCCUGUCCCAGGCUCAUCAAGCUCAGGAUCGUCCCGCAAUGUCGAAAAGCAUCACGAUGAGAUGCAGCUAAUGCUGAGCACGGUUAAGUCCACACUGGUUGCACCACUGUCCGUGGAACAUCACCACUUUACAACGGCCGUCGCUUUGGCACCUGGACCAGCAGUAGUGGACGAAGAGUUCCCCGGGGGGCCCUUGGAACGCGAACACGAACGAGACCGAGAAUCGCCAAAAUCUCCCGGCCAUAGUUCGCACCAUCAUCGGCAGCAAACGGGUCCGGGACAUCGACACCAUACCGGAAGCUCGGGAGAGAAGAAACUAGCAUCCCAGCAACAACAACAGCACGUCGCAUCAUCAGACAAAGAUGACACGAAACGUUUCAUUAGUCAAAAGACUACGGCAGAGCAGGAAAGCUCACUGUUACCGGAGGAGGUGCUUGAACAAACGGUGGAAGAUUUGGAAGAUUAUUCUCCCCCGAUGCAUCCCGAUAAGUCAUCUCCAGUUGGACGAGGUUCCUCGUCGCCGGGCAAGCAGCCGAAGCAUUCCACCACGGGCAGAGCUCAACCUCCACCACCACUGAUGGAAACGCGCGAAGAUGAAGAUGGCGAAGAUGUGCGAGAGGACACCGAAGCGCAGGACAUGAUUAAUCUCGAGACGGUGGUUGGUGCGGAAAACAUUGAGGACCUCGUUGAACCGGAUACCGAAAUCGUUAUCGAAAGCAAGGCUAUCUCACUGGAGGACGAUAACAUCGAUCGGUUGAUCCAGAACAAAAGCGACAUCAACGGUAUCAUUCUGGUGGACAGCUUGGAAGAGGUGCCGUCGCGCAAAGCAUCCAGCGAGGAUAAUACCGCCCUGGUGCCGCCACUACAUCCAACAGUCAUCGAAUCUGUAAUGAGAGUUGGUAAUAUCUCCAACAGUCAUCAAGGUUUCCCGGUGGCCACUAUCGACAGCACCAUUGCAUCGAUGGCUGGUUCGACUGCAGUCACAAAAGGGGGGCUUAUUAUUCUCACCACAACCACCACAUCCUCUACUAUUGCACCGCCUCCGGGAGUGGUUGGUGGUGGGGGUGAGCAGGACGGUACAGUUCACCGUGGUCAUCAUCAUCAUCAUCAUGAACAUCACACUACUACCACCACAACAGCAAAAGUGACAACUACUCCACCGGUACCAACCACUACUACUACGACUGCUAGCAUCCCCACUACUACCACAACAGCGGCGGCAACGGCAUCGGCUACACUCACUACCACUGCGGCGGCCGAUGUUCUGCUGCCUAACUACGACCAACCUAGCACUAGUUCAAAAAUAUUCGAUAUAGGAAAAUCAUUAACGCUCGGUUGUAACAUUACACAGGAAGGAAAUUUUGAUUUAAGUUGGGCAAAAGACGGUAAGAAUGUAAGUGAGGUCGAAUCGCUUAAAGAUCGCUACAAGGUACUGCCGGCGGAGCGAAAGUUCGUCAUCAGUCGGGCAUUGGAAACCGAUGCCGGACAGUACACGUGUAGCGUACCACAAUUGGGUGUAUCUAAAAAUUUUAACGUAGUUGCUAAUGUUGUUGUUAAAUUUGAAAGCACAGAAAUAGGCAAAACAAACAUAGUGGAAGGAGAACGGUUGACGCUUCACUGUAUAGCUUUCGGAACGGAUCCUAAAAUUACUUGGAUAGUUGGCAACACUACUUACAACGCGUCGACAGAUCACAUCGUGCUGGAGGAGGACGAAAGGGGCAUCGAGAACGCGAAGCUUAUCAUCGAGAGCAUAACGCUAGGCGACUAUGCCGACUACACCUGCGAGGCACGAAAUAAUGCCACCGAUUUUACGGGCAAACCGGCACAGGUUAUGAUUACCGUUAGAAUUAGAGGAAAAUAUGCGGCACUUUACGUUUUCCUGGGUAUUAUUGUGGAAGUUGUUUUACUGUGUGCGAUUAUUUUAAUAUGCGAAAAAAGACGUAACAAGACAGAGAUCGAGGAAAGUGAUACCGACCAGAGUCCCGACCAAAACAAGAACGGCUACCACGGUAAUGAAUCCGAGCUACGCCAAAGAAAGUAAAAGCCAA